ACAGGCACUGCGGCGGGCAGCUCUGUACAGGCCUAUGUUCCCGACAGGCAGCGCAGCGGGGCAGCCCCGGAAGGGUCCUUGUUCUGCCAUGCCGCGCUGAGGGUUUGAAUGGUGGAAGCGGCAGCGUCAUGACAGAGAUUGGAGAGAGACAGGUGUUAAAAUGGAGAGUGGCAACCAGUUUUGCCUGGUCAGUCAUAUUACUUCCUCUGAGCUGUAUAUCCUUCAUAGCUCUCAGCAGGCUCAACAUCUUUCACCCUAUACAGUGGCUCACAGAUGUACUGGGUGAUGUUUCCAGCAGUUCCACAUUCUUUUGUCUGCUUCUGCUGUCAUUGCUGCAGGGGGUCCAAUGUGCCUUCAAUGUGAAGUUUUACUCAGUGGUGCCUACCAUCCCUGGCUCCCGCCUCUCCUUGAUUGGCCAGAUUCUGCUGCCACAACAUGUGCUUCACUCAUUUGUUCAUUCUCUUAUGGGAGUGUUGGUGUUUUGGUCCUGCACUGUCCUCAGCCGAGGUCCAUACCAAAGUCUGGCUGUUCCCUGCAAUACUGAUCCCAGUGAUAAAGAUGGUGUACAGAAGAUGUGUUUGAAUGAGCGUUACCUCUUCCUUCUGCUUACUGGAGCUUUUAUGGGUUACAGUUACAGCUUGCUGUAUUUCAUACACAACAUGAACUACCUGUCUUUUCCUAUCAUGCAGCAAUUUAAAUAUGUGCAGUUCAGGCGUUUUCUGCCUUUACUACUGCACCACAGCUGUGUCCAGUCCCUGUACUUGGUUCGGAAUUGUACUGCUCUCUAUUAUUUCCUAGGUUAUAUUCCACGGACGUGGUUUCAAGGUAUUCUGAACUUGCACCUGGAUCAACAGUUGCCACCGCUUGAUUCUCUAUUUGGCCUCCUGGAUCUGUCAUUAUUUUACAAGAUUUGGUUAUGUGGUGCUUUCCUGCUUGUCACCUGGCACAUAGUCUGGUUACUAUUCCAGAUUCACACAACAGAAGACCGAAUGUUUCCUGUACAAAUAUCCUUUGUUGAAGAUGCGGAAAUGUGCCUUCCCAAUGCUUUAGGCUGCAACACUCCACUCUUAAAGUACCUGGCCUUUCAAGAUCUCGUGCUGCUUUCUCAGUAUUCCAAAAUUCGGAGACAGGAUGUGUUCAGCCUCAGCCAACCAGGAGGUCAUCCACACAACUGGAUCGCGAUCUCAACGGAGUGCCUGAGUGUUUUAAGCAAUCUCACCGCCAGACUGGUUGCUCACCAAGAAGCUGCUGCAAGUAACGGGCGUGUGAGGUUCCCAUCUUCCUCAGCAGAGUUGAGGAAGUCCUCCAGCAGCUCAGGCACAUCAUUGGAUGAAUCUAUUGACAAGGCUGGGAAGAUUGCUCCUGUCUCUCGAACACCCAUGUCUUCUCUUCUGAAGACCACAGCUUCUCUCAAAAGACCCUGGGACUCUAACAGUGCCUUUGCCUCCCCAGUGGUAGGUCAUAUUUCCGCUGCCCAGGACCAGAAUUCUCCAUGGCAUGGAUCAGUGCAAAGCCCCCACGUUAUUAGGAGAGGUGCAAAGCUUUGGACGUGUGGUACAGACUUGGAUAUCCAGAAAAGCGGCUCAGAAACAUCCUCUAUCUCCCGGAUGAGCCCAAGACCCGUCAGCAGCAGUGAAGGACCGAGCUUCUUCUUUGUUUGGUACCAAAACAGACAGGAGCAGAUCAAAAACUUCUUGUCAAAGCGAGUCUUGAUCAUGUAUCUUUUCAGCAAGCACCCAGAAGCCUCCAGUCAAGAAUUGUUUGCAGAUUCACAGAUUCAUAUCUGGGCUUUGGAAGGGUUGUCUCAUCUGGUAGCAGCCUCAUUCUCUGAAGAUCGGAUGGGAGUGGUACAGACAACAUUGUCCAACAUACUAGCCACACUUCUGAAUCUACAAGAGGCCGUAGAGAAGCAUUUUAAGCUCCCACAUGUAUCCAGCAAGCCUGCCAGAGCUGCACAAGGUUUGGUAGAUUCCUCCUAUAAGACACUACGAUUUGCCCUGCGAUCUACUCUAAAGACUGCAAUCUAUAGGAUAACCACAACGUUUGGAGAGCACUUACACGCCAUUCCAGCAUCUGCAGAACAACGGAAGAAGCUGCAGCAGUUUCUCGACUUUAAAGAAUGAAGCUCUGAUUGGAAGUCUUCUCAAAGCAGUGUAAUGUGUGGACUACCCCACUCCCUUCAGAGAGUCCUUGGACAGAAUUUGUCACAAAUUAAAUCCCAAACCCAAGAAGCCUCACAUGGAAGCUGCUUUUGUUUUCUAGGCCGCCUUCUAGUUCUGAUUGAGCAAAUGGCCCCAACUUGCUACUAUGAAGCCCAGUAUCUGGAGAAUUGCCACUUUCUUGGGAGAUUAUCUCCUGUCUAAGACAGGUUCCUUUUUAAUAUUUACUUGGAAAUAAUGGAAAAGAUGUGGAUUUUGUUACUGCGUCUAUUUAUUGUCUUACUGUAAUUCAACAAUGUUUGUUUUCAUUUUUGUUCCUUUCUCUAUUCUGUAUUUUUUCUGUUUGUAAAUACCAUGAAACCUAUUUUUUAAAGUGCAAUCAACUCUACAAUAUUAAAGGUGAAUAAAGGUUCAGAUGGCUUCAUUUA